AUGGCCCUGGGGACUGCCAUCAGGGGCACACGGCUGCUCCUGAAGCUGCUGACUGCAGGUCUGGUGCUGCCGAGCCCAGCUUCAGCCUCCCGGGGCUUCUGGGCCCUGCCUAUGAACGUGACAGCUGUGGAGGGGACCGAAGUGGAGCUGCGGUGCGGUGUCAGUGCCCCUGGCAGUGCGGUCCAGUGGGCCAAAGACGGGCUCCUGCUGGGCCCUGACCCCAGGAUCCCAGGCUUCCCCAGGUAUCGCCUGGAAGGGGAUCCUGCUAAAGGGGAAUUCCACCUGCACAUCGAAGCCUGCGACCUCAGUGAUGACGCCGAGUACGAGUGUCAGGUGGGCCGAUCUGAGACAGGCCCUGAGCUCGUGUCUCCUAGGGUGAUCCUCUCCAUCCUGGUUCCACCCAAGGUGCUUCAGCUGACCCCUGAGGCAGGCAGCACGGUCACCUGGGUAGCUGGACAGGAGUACGUGGUCACCUGUGUGGCUGAAGACGCAAAGCCAGCACCUGAUAUUACCUUCCUCCAGAGUGGACAGGUGGUAUCAGACGUCUCUGCCAAUGUGAAUGACGGAUCCCAGGAGAAGCUCUUCAGCACGGAAGCCACAGUCAAAGUGAUCCCCCAGCACUCGGAUAACGGGCAGUUACUGGUCUGUGAAAGUUCCAGCCCGGCUCUGGACACCCCGCUCAGGGCUUCAAUCACCAUGAACAUCUUGUUCCCUCCAGGAGCCCCUGUCAUCGAGUGGCCCGGCAUGAACAAGGGACAUGUGAGGGCAGGGCAGAGCUUAGAGCUGCCCUGCGUGGCCCGAGGUGGCAAUCCACCUGCUACACUGCAAUGGCUGAAGAAUGGCCAGCCCGUGUCCACAGCAUGGGGCACAGAGCACCUCCAGGCGGUGGCACGCAGCGUGCUGCUGAUGACGGUACGGCCCGAAGACCAGGGAGCGCAGCUCAGCUGUGAGGCCUUCAACAGUGUGUCUGAGGGGAUCCAGCAGCAAAGCGUCACGCUGCAAGUCACCUUCCCCCCUAGUGCCAUCACUAUCCUGGGCUCUGCUUCCCAGUCUGAGAACAAGAACGUGACACUGUGUUGUGUCACCAAGUCCAGCCGGCCGCAGGUCCAACUGCAGUGGUGGCUGGGCGGGCGGCAGCUACUUGCCACGGAUGAGACCGUCAUGGAUGGCCUGCACGGUGGCCACAUCUCCAUGUCUAACCUCACCUAUCGAGUGCGGCGGGAAGAUAAUGGCCUGACCCUCACCUGUGAGGCCUUCAGCGACGCCUUCACCAAGGAGACCUUCAAGAAGUCGCUCACGCUGAAUGUGAAAUACCCUGCCCAGAAGCUGUGGAUCGAGGGGCCCCCGGAGGGGCAGCUCCUGCGCUCGGGGACCCGGCUGAGGCUGAUGUGCUUGGCUGUAGGAGGCAACCCAGACCCCUCUCUCACCUGGCUCAAGGAUUCGCGCACGGUGACAGAGUCACGGCUGCCCCAGGAGUCUCGGCUGCCCCAGGAGCCACGGCGCGUGCAGCUAGGGAGCCUGGAGAAGUCCGGCAGCACCUUUUCCCGCGAGCUGGUGCUGAUCAUUGGGCCCUCGGACAACAAGGCCACGUUCACGUGCAAAGCGGGGCAGCUUAGCGCCUCCACAAAGCUUGUGGUGCAAUUUCCCCCGACAAACCUGACGAUCCUGGCCAACGCGUCAGCGCUGCGCCCGGGGGACGCCUUAAACCUGACGUGCAUUAGCGUCAGCAGCAAUCCACCGGUCAACCUGUCCUGGGACAAGGAGGGGGAAAGGCUCGAAGGAGUAGCCGCGCUACCCCAGAAAGCGCCUUUCAGAGGUUCCGCGGCGGCCAGGAGCGUCCUGCUCAGAGUGUCAUCCCGUGACCACGGCCACCGUGUGACCUGCCGUGCCCACAGCGCGGAGCUCCAGGAAACCGUGAGCUCAUUCCACCGCCUCAAUGUGCUGUACCCUCCAGAGUUCCUAGGGGAGCAGGUGCUGGUGGUGACGGCGGUGGAGCAGGGUGAGGCUCUGCUGCCCGUGUCUGUGUCCGCUAAUCCGGUCCCUGAGACCUUCAACUGGACUUUCCGUGGCUAUCGGCUCAGUCCAGCGGGCGGCCCUCGCCAUCGCAUCCUGUCCGGUGGGGCUCUGCAGCUGUGGAACGUGACCCGGGCCGACCGCGGGGUCUACCAGCUGCACUGCCAGAACUCGGAGGGCACCGCUGAAGCGCUGGUGCGGCUGGACGUCCACUAUGCUCCGGUCAUCCGCGCCCUCCAGGACCCCACAGAAGUAGAUGUCGGGGGCUCUGUGGACAUAGUCUGCACUGUGGAUGCCAAUCCCAUCCUCCCAGAUAUGUUCAGCUGGGAGAGGCUGGGAGAAGAGGAGGAGGAGCAGAGUCUAGAAGACAUGGAGCAGAUAUCCAAGGGAGCCACAGGACGCCUGAGGAUUCGCCAUGCCAAGCUGGCCCAGGCUGGUGCUUACCAGUGCACGGUGGACAACGGCGUGGCACCUCUGGCCAGAGGGCUGGUCCGUCUUGUUGUCAGAUUUGCCCCUCAGGUGGAGCAUCCCACACCUCUCACUAAAGUGGCUGCAGCUGGAGACAGCACCAGUUCGGCCACCCUCCACUGCCGUGCCCGGGGCAUUCCUAACAUUGUCUUCACCUGGACAAAAAAUGGAGUCCCUUUGGAUCUCCAGGAUCCUAGGUACACAGAGCACACCUACCACCAGGGCGGGGUCCACAGCAGCCUCCUGACCAUCGCCAAUGUGUCUGCUGCCCACGAUUACGCCCUCUUCACUUGUACAGCCACCAACCCCCUGGGCUCGGACCAGACCAACAUCCAACUUGUCAGCAUCAGCCGCCCUGACCCCCCCUCGGGGUUAAAGGUCGUGAGCCUGACCCCACACUCCGUGGGGCUGGAGUGGAAGCCCGGCUUUGAUGGGGGCCUGCCACAGAAGUUCCACAUCAGGUACGAGGCCCUGGACACUCCAGGGUUCCUCUACGUGGAUGUUUUACCACCGCAGGCCACUGCCUUCACCCUGACUGGCCUGCAGCCUUCCACACGGUACAGGAUCUGGUUGCUGGCCAGCAAUGCCCUGGGAGACAGUGGACUAACUGUCAAGGGCACCCAGCUCUCUGUCACCACCGCAGGGUUGGACCACCCUUCUGGAGGACCCGAUCACCAGCCACCCACAGAGCAGCCCACAGGCCCCCCGAGGCUGCACCUGCUGCCUGUGCUGUUUGCCGUCGGGGGGCUCCUGCUGCUUUCCAAUGCCUCCUGUGUUGGGGGCUUUCUCUGGCACCGGCGACUGAGGCAUCUGGCUGACGGCUUUUCAGAGAAGACAGAGGCAGGGUCAGAGGACCGAAUCAGGAAUGAAUAUGAGGAGAGCCAGCGGACUGGAGACCGGGACACUCAGAGCUCCACGGUUAGCACCAUGGAAGCAGAACCCUAUUACCACUCCAUGAGGGACUUCAGCCCCCAACUGCCCCCCACACUGGAGGAGUAUCCCCAAGGCUCCAUGGAUCCUACAGAGGAGCGUGCGACCUUUCCCGAGCACCUGUACGAUGAAGUGGAAAGAAUGUACAUCCCAUCUGGGAGCUGGGGACCAGUCUACGACCAAGUUCAGAUGGACCCCUACGACUCCCACUGGCUUGAGGACAAGUACGAGCAUCCAAGAAGAAUCUACGAUCAGGUGGCAGGAGACUUGGACACGAUGGGACCUGACUCUCUCCCCUUUCACCUCAGGGGAGAGCUGGUGUGA